CCUUGAGAUUUUCAACCAGUUAGAGCUGUCAGAUUAUCAUCUGGAGAUAGAUUGAAGACCACAUCACAGUUGCUCUUCUAGAGGUUACAAUGUCUUUACGGACCAGGAUCAAUGGUUUCACUGCCUGGGUGAAUCUCAGACUGUCACCUUCUGGUCACUUUAUGCAUAACAUCCUGACAGAUUUACUGAAGGGAUACAACAUGAAGGUGCUUCUUGAAAGUAAGUGUUACUUCCAGUGAAGGUUGGAGAUAAGCAUACAAAGUAGAGAUGGUGCACAGUCACAUUCACAUCAGCUCAGACAUUCUUAUGUCUGGGCCAGCCAUAGGCAUAUUAAUGCCACUGAGUUAACGCAGUGCAUAUGCACUUGUCUGCUGUGCCGCAGGCUUUGGGCUCAAAACUUCACCACACCAACUCUUGGGGUUUUGAAAUAAAUAACUCUCUAGUCUUCUCAGAUAAGGAUGAUAAAGCAUAUAUACCCGUAUAUAAUGAACUGUAAAUUCAAGCAUGUCAAGCCCAUAAUCUCAUUUGCUUGUCAUCACCCUUGUCUUCUAGGUUUAACUGGAAAGCCCCUGGAAAAACUGCAAAGUUUUGAUGGGUAUGUGGAAAACUCAAACUGUUAUUUUCUCCUUGUACAGUGCAGAAUGACUUAAUGUGCUGUAAUAAUGCUGACCCGUAUUAGUAAAGGCUCAUUCUAUCUAGCAAUGGAUUUAGACUCAUAAUCAGAAGUACAGAGUGUUAUGAUCUAGCAAAGACAUCAUUCCUAUAAUCAGAGUCAGAAGCAAAAGUGGACAUGCAUUGUGAUUGGUCCCUUCACUACAUUAGUUUUCACUUGCUUAUAAGUGGCAGAGUUGGGAAUUAUAGAAUUAUCUACUGACUGUGAGUAUAAGGAACUCCUGUCUUGUGGACACCAUCCUAUUGUCGACAUCCCCAUGAUACAGACAGUAAUUACUGUAACCCUAGAAAAAAUGAAUCACAGAUGUUACUGAAAUAAGCUCUUGCUAUUAACCCUUUAAGUACCAAUAGUGACCAACAACAAUUUUCUCCUAACAAUAUCCAUACACUGUCAAGAGAUAAAGUUAUGAGAAUGAAUAAAAUGAUCAUCAUAGAGAAAAUUCCAUGAUCUUUUAUCAAAUUCUCUCAACUAAUUCUUAAAGGAAAUGUGUAGAGAUCAGUGGGGAGAAUUUGUAUGUGGAUAUUGGGGCUUAAAGGGUUAAAGAAUCGUCACGGUGCUUUCACUUGCAGGAGUCCUGUUCAAGAGUGUCCUCAAUAAAGGGACUUGACUCAGUGUGUUGCUAGUUAAAAUGUCUUGCCUUAGUUUGUAGUACAACAAAAUAUUGUUACUGGUGUCAAAUUUUAUUUUCUAGGUUAACCCAGCAGCAAAAGACUACAAGAGUUGAGUGGAUUGUUAAGGAGCUGAAGCAUGCGUGGGUUGAAUAAUAAAAACAAUUAUCAUUUUGAUUUUUAGUCUCAGUGAGCAUCCUCAGAGAUACCCAAUGCUUUAUUUGAAAACUGCUCACUUUAUUGUCUGUGUGGACAAGUAGUUUCUGUGCUUAAACAGGAUUUGUAGUUUUCCUAAAGAAAGAAAAAUUUUUAUUUGAUUUCUUUACAGAAAGAUAAUCUCUAAGGACACAUAUGUGGAUUCUAGAAUGUUUGCCAUGCGGUGCGCAGACCAGGUACAUGAAUCAUUAAGAUUGAAAUUCCGUAUAUUAAAGCGUCCUCACUAUCAAGGUGCAGAGAAGAUGAACAGUAACCCAGUCCUGAUUUUCAGUAUUCAUGAACUUUGUUUAGCGAGGCAUGAAAAAUAUUCAUAUUGCUGUGAAUCUUAAACAUUGUGGUAUGCUAAUUUCCUCCAUGAUGAUUGACAGGUAUUUGACUUAUUAUGGUGCUUGGUGUGUCAUGAUAUUUGGUUUGUCUGGGAGCGAUCAGAAUUCCUGCAACAGGCUGAGGGACAAACUCUUACAUCCAAGCCUUUCUCAGUAAGUAAAACAAGAGCCCUGUAUCUUAAUAUGGACUAUCUCUCCGUGGACUACCCAUAUGGACUACCCUAAAAUGGACUAUGCCACUGAGGCUUAGUGAUUAAGGCUAGGAAAGUGAGUGAAUAAGGUUUCAUUUAGGGUCAUUAUACUGGGAAAACUGACUUAAAACUUGAUUCAUUCAGUCUCCUAACCCUAAUCAUUAGACUUCAGGGGCAUAGUCUAUUUCAGGGAAAACCAUUUGGGAAGUCGAUGGGGGUACUUAUGGACUGGGGGGUCAGCGUUUUGCCCACCACCUGUAAUGCCAGUUACUUCAUAUCCAAGGCUCAAAAAAAGUGCUGUCUGGUCACCAGGGACUAGUAGAAUUUCCUGCCGAGCAAGUAACUUUUCAUUCUCAUUUUCCUGAAGGCCAAGGGCCCAGGGAAGUUAUCUGCCCACUAAAUUAAAGUUGAAAAGUGAAUUUAUUUAAGACUUGUCUGGGGAAAGUAAAAUUUGAGAGAUUCUUCUCCUAAGGGUGAGCUGGAAUUCAGUUUCUUUUUAAAGCCCUGCUGUACAUGGCAGGUAUGGGGGAAGUAUUGUCGGGGUAUACUGAAUUUUAAUUUAUAUUCCAUUUUUCUUCUGUUUUCAAGUGGACACCCCCACCACCACCCCCAAAGACACCCACUCACAAGGUAGAAAAAUCAAUGUUGGCGGGAUUUGGUUCAAAAUCACUGAUUCAGACACCAAUUGGCACCCCAGAGGUAAGUCAGAACUGCUGAAUAAAAAUAUGUUUUUUAUUUACUUAAUUCUUGUGCAUUUUAUAUUUGCUUAGUUGCAUUAUCUGCAAAUACACUGUGCUUAUAUGUUGCAGUUAAUUUUUUUAUUUCACUUAAUUUUUGUUUUUCCUUUGUUUUAAAUUCAUUAGCAUACAUUACCAUAUUCAAAAAACAAUGGAAAAAUAAAAAUUAACUGAAACAAAAAAUUAACAGUUACAUGUACAUGUAUUAGUCCACUCUUGAUAUCAACUCAGUCAUAUAAGGAUCAAAUUUUUGAGUGUGUGAAAAAUAUUGUCGAACUGUGUAUUGUCUAUCAAACAGUCUUGACAUAAAUAAAAAAUUACUAUCUUGGCAAAUGUUGCCAAGUGAAAGGGUCACAACAUGCUCCACACUAGUGAAGGUUCAUUUUUAUCACAAAUGAAAAAGUAAGUUAUAUUUUACUAAUUUUAAUCUUCUCAUUCUUUUUCCAGCUGCCGUCUCCAAGCCCAACAAGCACCAGGUACUAAAAACAGACAACUUACAGAUAUUUUUAAUAAAAUAAAGUUGUUAGGUACUCCACUGUUACAGCGAAACUUCCACGCGUGCACGUGCUGCGGAGCCCCAUUACUAAGAUGAAUUGGAAACCUAUAAAAGCAAGAAAAUUUGGUUAUGACACAGUGUACGCCUGCCCACCUGUCCUUCCGUACACACACCUCAUGUAAGCCGAUGCCAAAUGUUGGGUUAUUUUGGCGCGAAAGCGUACUAUAUGGCCACCCCUGUCUUGUGAAGCCAAGACAACAAAAGAGUCAAUAAAGACGAAAAUGGAAAGCGGAAAGUGUUUCUGUAUCCCUGUUGUGUAAAGUAUUGAGCUUAGAUUAAUUGUCAUGUCCACAAAUUUGGAAUGUAGAGAAAGAGAAAGAUGGAGAAAAUGAGAAAGUGGGGCAACAGGCCAGUGAAGCGCAACGAGAAAAAGAGCUAGAGCGAGAGAGAAAAAACAAAGGAGACAUUUUUUGUUGGAGGAACAACAUGAACUUUUCUAGCGGCAGUGAGAAAAUGAGAAAUGCUAGCGGCCACCAGGGUGAAAAUGAGCGACAGUGAAAAAAAAGUGAACAAGAACACGUACGACAUUUCCUCCAUAAAACGUGUAACCAGGAAGUUUCUGGAAGUUCACGUCAUAGUCGUGCAAAACAACGGCAAAGAAAUGUACAAACAAGUGUGCUGCAUGUGCAAAAUUGCUUUCGUGCUAAUUAGACCUAUUGUUGUUUUUUCAACGUUCUCGUUGCCUUCGCCGCUUAAGGUGAUGUUACACGAGACGAUUCGCAACGACGAUUUUUAGCGCAACACAGCGUUGCAACAUUGUUGCGACAUUGUUUGGAAUGGUUACAACAUUGUUCCAACAUUGCAACGCUGUGUUGCGCUAAAAAUCAUCGUUGCUAAACGCCAAAACUAUAAUUAAAUAUUAUCGAGAGCUUUGCUUUUAGCCCUGGCUAAAUCUAUACAUUAGUGAGCAGUAAAAGAACAUUCAAUGUUUUUCUUUGUUACUUCAAAUACUCAGUCAUUCAGAUCGUGAGAGUUGUCAACAAAAUCACCAAGGAUUUCUGUUGAAAGGUCAAGGCUUAAUUCAUUUUUCCAGCUCUAAGAAGGUAGUUUUUAUGAUUUCUUGUCACUAUUACUGUUCUUGCAUUGACCAAUAGCAGGUCAGAUGAUAUGGUAACCAAGCGCCGCAGAUCAAAGAAUUUUCCAUCACCUGAGUAUUGCAUUCUGGACAUGGUGAAUGCUCAUCUCAAAAUGAACAGAGAGGGACGCAAGCUUACAAGGGGAGUUUUGGUAGGUAUCACAAAGUUUGAGAUUGAUGUUUAAAUUUUUUGUGAGUAACACAAGCAUUUUAGAAAAAUCUCCCAACAGGAAUUAAAACGUCUGUUUCAAGUACAGGUGCUCUAGUAUGCAGCUACAGAACACUGCUGGGAACUAACAAAGUUUUUUUCCUUUGAGUACGGUACUUUGGAUGUUUUAAGUAAUUUUUUGUGAUCAAAAUAAAUCGCAUGAUGAGUUCGCAGUUUGGCUUGGCAAAUAUGUACUUGUACUUAAGUACUUGUGUUUUUUUUUUUUGUGAAAAUGUAGUCAUGUUUAUUUGAACGUUUGUUUGGGCUUGGUGGUCUAAAACAUCGAUCUUUUAUGUUCUGUCUUUUGCAGAGUUUAAGCGACCUAACAGAUAGCAGGUAUGUAUGUGAAUACCGGCAGAAAACUCUUAUUCCAUGAAACAAAUAAUUAUCUUAAACUUUCUUGCUUCAGGGGCGUUGCUUUAAAGUUCCUUUUAAGCUCCGUCACGACCAACGUCAAGAUAAAUAUAAUAGACCAAGAAAUACUCUAAUUUGUUGAUUCUUUUUUUGUUCUUAGGGUGCUCUGUGCUCUUGUCAAUUCAUUUGUUCCAGAAACAUUCACCACGGAAGUCUUACUAAAUGACAGGUUUGAUAUUAAGCGACUUAGAUUUAGUUUCAUAGGGCACAAGAAUACUUUUUUGAAACUAAAUUAAGGAAAGUCUCCAAAACUAUUCACAACGGCCUUUUUUUCUUUACAGAUGGACAAUAAAUCUCGCCUUAACCACUGCAAAUCAGAUGUUCAAGUCCUCAAAUCCGUUCGACUCGCAAGAUUUGGUCGAGGUAUGUAAGUACUAAAAAUGUUGCGUUUCCUCGUGAGCAGUGUUACCCUGCGAAAAGAGGCUACAUUUUCGAGGUGUGAACUGUGAACUUUUCGAACGCCGGCUCAAACCACGCCGGAAAAUGUGCCCUUUGCUGGCCAGGUAGACCAAUGAGUUAUGUAAUUCGUGAAAUUCGUGCGGAUAUAUUUCUGUGCGUUUUUAGCUGUUAUUCUUACAUGUAACUCUUAAAAAUCAAUAUUUCUGCUGAACGUCGUUUCCUAUUUCUCAAGCAUGGUUUUUUUUAAAUUCUUGGUAGGGUGACAUCAUGUCCGUCUGUUGCUAUUUCGGCUUUUUCUUCAUGAGCGGAUACAAGUAUCGACAAUCAAGAGUAGCGCUCAAACGAUUGGUGAGUAAGUUCUCCUUACAAGCACUGUGCAUUAUUUAAAAGGAGCCGGUUAAAAGAAUUUAGCGGCUCAUAUUACAAGCAGUUUAGCAAGAUAGGUGAGAAUGGUGCUUUUGACUCGGGAAAAAUAGGAUAAAGGACAAUAUUCCUCUUAGACUUUGUGGUGUAUUUUGUAGGAUGAACUGAACGUUUUAAAAAUCGGAAUCAAAGAUGAAAUGGAGCAGUUCCCAUCGCUUAUAACGAACGUGAAGGAUCUAAAAAGAAAGAAAGAACUGGAAAAUCUGAUAUCUGUUUACGAUGAAGGUAGGUCAACUACCACGAAUAUUGUAAAGCGAAAAUAGGGUGUCAACAAAAGUCGUUUAGGAGGUUUGAACCAAUCAUCAGCUGGCCAAUUCUCAAUGUUUCAGUAUAGUCUUGUUACAUUCCAAGUUUUUUUUUGUUCAUAUUCAAACUGGUCUGUUUUCAGAAAUUCAGUUCUUGGAGCAAAAUUAUGACAUCGUCAAGUGCAAUAUAUGGAUGAGACAAGUCGCGGAGAUACAGAAUAAGGUUAAAAAAACUGGUGGAUUAUUGCUUCGUUUCAUCGGUUUAUCAUUCAUCAGUAUUAACUCGACUUUAAGACGUUUCGUUUAUACUUCAUUGCAGUGCAGAGCAAUAGUCGCGGAGAAAAUUGUUCAAAGAUUUGAUGUCGUCAAAGUCCCCAGGUACAGUAUGUUAAACGUAGCUGUGGUUGUAAAUUAUCAUUCUUUUGAAGUAUCAUUAUGUCUCGGUGUUUUUUUAUGCUUUGGUUGUGCUUAUAUACGAAAACAUUUAGUUUAGUAGGUUGCUUUUAUCUUCCUUGUAUUCGUUUUGGAUAGCUGUGACAAUUUUGAUUGAGGUUUUACGCACUAGUAAUAAGAACAACUCAGGGCCGGCUCUUAGCAGUCACUUUGUGUUAUCUGUUUGUUGUGGUUAAUAAUCGUUAGGCCAAUAUAUAUAACUUGAACUUUUGCAAUUGUAUACUUGAACUAUUUUUCUAAUUUGAUUUGCUGCGUUAUGUAUUUAGCCCCUUCAGAAAUUUCAACCCUCCCGUUUUGGUUUCUCAGCCAUUUUUACCCUUUUGGCAUCUGACCAUGAGCCUGCGAUAAUUUUGGGCGCAGUAUUUCCAUUGACUGUGAUCUCAAAGUGCAGGAAAUGGCCCCCAGGACCCCCCUAUGAGGCUCGCACUUUCGGCACUCGUAGGAGCGGCUAUGCCGCUCCUAAGACCUCCCUUUUUUUUUAGUUGACAGAGUUGGAAUCUUUGCGGCCCUUUUUUCCGCUAAGAAAAUCAACUGUAACUUGGUUGGUAUAAUUUUUUUUUCGCGCGCUUGCUACAAGCCGCUUGGUUUGCCUCGCGUUCUGAUUGUCUGUGCCUUUUGAGAAUGGCUAGAAUAGUUUCUAUGGCUACAGGUUAAUGACACCUAAGUAGACACCACUCUAUCAGUACGUUUUAUCUGGAGCCUAAAGUCCCCUGGUUUUAUUUACUGUUGUUGUUGUCACUGUUACUACUUUUCUCGCAGAAAUGUUACAAUUAAUGAUCUUGCAGUGGAUCUGAUUAUUAACCUGGUAAGCUUUUGUCGUUUAAUGUUUUCACUACCCCCACCCCCACCCCCUCCCAAACUGAAAGAGACAAAUAUUUGAAAUAAAAAAAAACAAAUUUAAGAAUCUUAACUUUUACAAGUGUAGCCGAAGAUUUAAACUCCGAACUACCGAGAACAAAUCCACGGUAUGUCAUAUGUUAAUAUGUCAUACUAAACUAAUGCAAAAACUCGUACCAUCACGGAAACACGCAAAAAGCGUAAUAUUUGGGAAAUAGCCGACAGUCGUUUACGUCUUCAUUUUGUUAACUUAUUUUCAGAGCCUGACUUGUGGCACAGGAUUUUACAGUAGCAAGGUGCAUGAAACAGUUUGGAAAGGUCGUAAACUGGUUUUGAGAGACAAAGGGACAGGUUAGGAGAAUUUAACUUAAUAACGAAGCCAUGACUACUUAACUAUACUCGUCUAGAAGUUCUAGAAGUUUUAUAAUAAGUAUUUAUUUUUGCAAAUUAAUUUUGUCUUUUUGUCAUAACAGGGGAAUUUUUUGAUGACUUCUCUGGAAAUGCUGAUCAGAAAGGUAAUUCCCACCUAACUGUGCACUGCGUACUGUUUCUGGAGAUUUUUUCAGUUCAUCUGUUUGCUCCUAUUUUAGAGACGGUCCGACAAAUGCUUGGCUUGGAAGAAGAGCAAGUUGCUGAGAUAAGUGGUGACAAUUCGAAAUAUGAGGUAACGCUCAUUUUCCACCUUGAUUUACAUGUAUUAUUUUUUAUGAACUAUCGCCUUAUCUGAGAUCCCUGUGGCUGGUGACCUUAGGACCUUUUACCAACCGCCUCAUCCAUCUCGUUUUCAGAUAUAUUUUGAAAGCUCUUCAAGAAAUAAGACUUUGAAGGCUGGAUCCUGGUAUGUUAAAAGAUAACUUCUCUAAGGCAUGGAAAACAGCCCUUGUAAACAAAUAAUUCAAAUACAACAUAACAGGAUNUUAAUAACGAAGCCAUGACUACUUAACUAUACUCGUCUAGAAGUUCUAGAAGUUUUAUAAUAAGUAUUUAUUUUUGCAAAUUAAUUUUGUCUUUUUGUCAUAACAGGGGAAUUUUUUGAUGACUUCUCUGGAAAUGCUGAUCAGAAAGGUAAUUCCCACCUAACUGUGCACUGCGUACUGUUUCUGGAGAUUUUUUCAGUUCAUCUGUUUGCUCCUAUUUUAGAGACGGUCCGACAAAUGCUUGGCUUGGAAGAAGAGCAAGUUGCUGAGAUAAGUGGUGACAAUUCGAAAUAUGAGGUAACGCUCAUUUUCCACCUUGAUUUACAUGUAUUAUUUUUUAUGAACUAUCGCCUUAUCUGAGAUCCCUGUGGCUGGUGACCUUAGGACCUUUUACCAACCGCCUCAUCCAUCUCGUUUUCAGAUAUAUUUUGAAAGCUCUUCAAGAAAUAAGACUUUGAAGGCUGGAUCCUGGUAUGUUAAAAGAUAACUUCUCUAAGGCAUGGAAAACAGCCCUUGUAAACAAAUAAUUCAAAUACAACAUAACAGGAUAAAAACCCCAACUGGCAGGAGGUAACCAGAAGGCUAUUUAGAAGCGUGGCCGAGACCGCUGGAUUGCGAGUUCGACGCGCUGACCACCUCCUAAUAAGGUGCUAACAAUGCUCUUAGCAAGGUAUAGAGCUGCUUGUGAACAGAUAUGGACAUUAUCCAACAUAAGAACAGCCUUAUUUUCAUGAACACUGAUUGUUAAAGUUGAUUCUCUUCAGCCUACAAUUGUGACAAUAACUUAGAAAAAUAUACAAGUUAACAAUUAAAAUGGUUUACCGUUAAGAGGAUUUUGAGCACACUUCCGUUGGCAUUUACCCUGGCUGGCCGGCUAGUAUCAGUCGAAUUUUUAAUGCUUUCCGCGUAUAAAUGAUAUUGUCCGUGCCAAUGGCUGACAGACCUUUUUCCUUUUUAAAAUGUCAUUUUAUUGCUAAGUAAAUAUUGGAAAGGCUUGUUUAAGUUGCGAGUAAAAAUUAUGCCAAGGCACCAGUUUGUUAUUUAUCCCCUCUCGAAAAGUUGAAAGUUGACAAUUACCACGAAUAAUGGUAGGAAAUAAUCUUUUUCUUUUCCUUUCAGGUUUCUGUAUCAGAUUUUUCCAGGUACUACUCUGCAAUGUCAGCGAUUGUUGUUCAAAGCAGCAAAAACUGGAGAGCUGGAUACUGUGCAGAAACUGGUAAGCAAAUUUCUAUCUUUUACCUCUGCUAUUGUAUUAACUUCCCACGCCUGGGUGGGAGGUUACGUUUCGAGUGACUUUUUUUCCGUCCUUGCUUCGAGAAUAGAAGUGCAAAACAUUGCAAUUACUAACAAAGAGUGGCUAUCCCAAGACAGAAAAAUUUAACGAGCCUAUGAUAAGGUGUUGAUUGGGGUUUGAUGUGCGGUAGUGCGGUAUCAUCUAGCCCUGCGGUACUAGUGCGGGUUUUUAUCCUUUUAGGUGACGGUAUUUGGUAAAAGAAGAUCCUUUACGGUAUCACGGUAUCACGUUCAUUUGCACUUUCCUGUCUAAUAUAGGUCAAUACAAUAUGCAACGAAAAAAGUAGUAAGCUUUACCGGUUGAUAAAAGUUAAUAGUUUUAAGUCUUUAGACAUAAAUGUUCAAUGAUUACACCAUGACAAUUAAUCUACGAUGUCUGAGGUUAAUUGCUGGUGCAUAUGUUUUGGUUCAACUUUAUCACUGGUUUAAAUUUUAUUUCCCCCUUUGUUUUCGGGUCUGGUAAUGUAUGAUAAUGAGUUAAAAACAAAGGGAAAUAAAAUUUAAACCAAGGAUAAAGUUGAACCACAACACAUACAUGCUUGAGAUAAUCAAACAUCCUAGAUGGAUACAACUUUAAGUAACAAGGUUGACCUUUGUGAGAUUACACAACAAGCACAUGCACGCAGACACGCAGGUGUAGCGUAACUUCGCGAUAAAACACAUCCAAUUUAAGAUUGAAACUUUUUAAUGACUUUAAAACUUUUUAACGUCAUUCAACGUAGUGGAAGCCUCUUUGAAGCGCUGGAAAACCUGUGGGUUUAAAUAUUCCUCUACGAGGAAUCAUAUCUUGAAUGUGAUUGGUUGAAACGAUGCCCUUUAAGCCACAUGAUAAAAUGUAAACAAAGCAAACAAGAAGUACACGUGAACUACCUGCCUGCAGAAGAGAUGAUGAAAACAUAUGGUUUUCAGGAAGUGGAUUGUAAAGAAAGUCGAGAAAAAAAAUUCCGUAAAAACUUCACCAACAAAUUCUUUACCGGACAUUCUAGACGAAAUCUGUCGAAAGGAUUUUCGCAAAAUUUAUUUUCCACUAAUUUUUGAUAUGUGUAUGAUAGAGGGGGACAUUGGGUGUCGAAAAAUCGACAAAAUACCGAUACUGCUGCUGGGGUAGUGAUCAUUAUAAAUGCAGUAUCGGUGUUUUGUCGAUUUUUCGACACCCAAUGUCCCCCUCUAUCAUACACAUACCUCGUUGAAUGACGUUAAAAAGUUAAAAAAAAAAAACAGUCAUUAAAAAUGUCUGCGUGCUUGUGAUUCUUGUGUAAUCACACAAAGGUCGUCCUUGUUCUAUGCCAAAAAUAGCCUUUUCCCAAACAUAUCAACUGCCUGAUGUUGUGCGCCUCUAUAAAAUGUAUCGAUGUUCGGCGACUCAUCUAUAUUCAGACAAAAAUAUGUUUUGUCUAGACUGACCUUUGUUUCAAUCCACAAAGUGCAUGCACGUAAGAGGCCUACUGUACUAGAAACGUUACUUCCGCCAAAAGAUUGUUUUUGUAAUAUCCCAUCUUAGUGGUAGUAUAAACUUUCCUAUCAGUGGGGUCUCAACGCUGUACGAUUGAAUUGGGUUACGAUUUGAAGUAACAAUUAAUUAAUGGCUAUAUUUCAUGAAUAUUACAUAGAUGUUAAAAAGAAAAAAAAAAAAAAUCAAAGAAAACUGAAAAGAAAGCAAAGUAACAAAAAUAUAAAAAAAAACUAAAAGUUUUUCUAAAAUAAGCGUAAUAUUUUAUCCUAUUUAAUCUUAUUUGACAUCAUACGUUCAAAUACGUAAAAAAUUUACAGAAUAUAAUAAAACUUGUGUUUGUAAAAACCGUGUCAAAAUAAAAAAAAAUUAAAAAAAAAAAAAACAAAUCCAAGGAAACUGGAGAGGAAGCCAAGUAACCAAAAUAUGAAAAAAAACUGAAAGUUUUUCUAAAAUCAGCGUCAUAUUUUAUCCUAUUUGAUCUUAUUUGACAUCAUACGUUCAAAUACGUGAAAAAUUUACAGAAUCUCAUCAAAGCUGUGUUUGUUACAAUCGUGUGCAUAUAAUAAGAAAUUGAAAAUACACACAUACUUUAAAAAGGGCUCUUCAGCAUCAAUAUCACAAAUGUAGGUGCAGGAGUUCAUUCAAUUCUAAGACAUCUAAAUUCUGAGUUUAAAGCUCCUAUAAAAGUAUCGCCUAUAUUUACAGUAUGAAGGUAAAACUUGAUUGACGUUUUCUUCUUAGUCUUGUUCACUUUGCAGCCGUCAUAACCUAACAAUAAGAAGCAAAUGGAAUUUAAUGUGUUGGGAUGUUGUUUUGUUAGUUUUCCUUCAAAGUUAAUAGUAGUACGCAGUGGGGGGGAGGGGAGGGCAGGGGGCCAAGCGAGACACGAGAAGUGGCGUCAGAAAAAAAAGGCGAUGGUUUUGCGAUCAUGACCGGACGUUCAGUGGAAUAAACUGCUUGACUUACUUUCGUGAGAAAUUGCGUUAUUUCACUGUGAAUUUUCAACAAACCUUUUAAACUGACUUACUUGGAUUUUUCUUUCGUCAUGUUCCUCGGGGGCGCGCCCCGUGUUCUCAACCCUCCAAACAGGGGUUUGCUGAUGUACCAUUCCAGUUUGUGCUAUUUUCCGUCCUGUAACUUAUAUCCUAGCUUCAUGGAGGUCACAUUCAAUGGAUCUCAGAACUGAGUACAUUUUCAUCACAAAAUAUAUCACAAUGGCCAUCAAGACAAGUAAUACAAACCUUAUCAUUCCGGUCGUCAUGAUUAGAAUCGUGGCUCUACACUUCUUCACGUUCACUGUCGGCUGUUUGGGAAUGCUGCACUUUUUAUGUUUCGUCAGCAACAGAUAUCUGAAAGGAUUUUCUUCGAAACAAUACGACAAAGCUUGCAAGACUCCACUCACAGUUCCUCAGACAUUACCAGUGACGUGUGUUUCCCAUUCAGCGCACCGAAACGGUUAAAUAGAAAAUUGUCGUUGUCACGUGUAAUUAAACGCCCUCCGGCAGGGCGCGCUGGAGAAAGCACUGUUAAACCAUCAGUCUAUUCUUAG